AUGACUGACGCCGACUUCGACCUCGUGCGCGACGCCCUCUACCGCCACAGCGUCGUCGUGAUCAAGAGCCGCGCCGACCUCUCCCCCAAAGCCCAGUACGAGCUGACGCGGCGCUUCGACCCGACGGCGGGCAGCUACGGACACGGCACCACGCUGGACGCAAAGCGCAGCAUCCUGCACCCGGACCUGAAGACGGUGCCGCACCAGCCGCAGGUGCAGGUGAUUGGGAACGGGUUCGUCGACGCGUACGAAGGGCUAGAGAACGUGCGCCUGCGCCACCCCCACCACCGCACUUUCCACAAGACGCGCAUUCCCGACGAGGAGGACUUGGAAGCUACCCGCUUCUAUCGCUGGCAUAUUGAUGCGGCGCUGUAUGAGCUGCACCCCCCGCGCGUGACGUCGCUGCUCGCGGUGCGCGUGCCCAAGGGCCGCCGCCAGACAUGUCGGUAUGACGACGGCAGCGGCGAGGAGCUCGACGUGCCGCUGGGGACGACGGCGUUCGUGUCCGGCUACCGGAUGUACGAGCUGCUGUCGGACGCCGACAAAGCGCUCGCGCGGACCUCGACCGUCGAGUACGCGGCGCACCCGUACAUCUGGAUGAGCGGCGCGCGAGCAAAGUCGACCGGCCUAGGCCUGGAAACCGAAGGCCGCGAGCUGCCCGCCAGCGAGCUCCCGCCCGUCGACCCCUCCAAGAUCAUGCGCCUGCCCAUGUGCUGGCGCAACCCCGUUACCGGGCGCCUGGCGCUGCAGAUCCACCCGGCCGCGGUGCGCGCGAUCCACCGCCAGGAUGGCACGGUCGUGGACGAGCUGGGCGAGGCGCGCGCGCUGGUGCAGCGCCUGCAGCGCCCGGCGAUUGCGCCGCGGUUCGUCUAUCCCCAUGACUGGCAGGAGGGCGAUCUCGUGCUCUUUAAUAAUCAUGGCGUGCUGCAUUCGGUUGUGGGCGCGUUUGCGGACCAUGAGGUUAGGCUGUUCAGGCAGUGCAAUUUGGCGGCUAGUGAGGCGCCGCGAGGGCCGGUGGGCGAGGCUUGAGUGAAGGGGGACGAUGAGGCGGUGGUGCUUGGCGGGUGAGCUUGUGUACAUACUACAACGUGCGAGCGAGCGAGUGAGAGUGAGUGGCUUAGGCUGCGAAGGAUCCGAAGUCGCGUGGUGCAGAUAGACGUCUAGAAGAAAUCCAUCCAUCCAUCCAUCUGUCCAUCCGCAGUGCCCGCCUCUUCCGCCUCGGGCCCGACCCAAG